AUGGCUCCUCAUAACGACGUAGGCGCCUUUCACGAAGCUCUCCGCUCCAGUAAGCGCAUCCUCGCGCUCUGUGGAGCUGGUCUCUCAGCCUCAUCUGGCCUACCUACUUUUCGAGGCGCUGGCGGUCUUUGGCGGAAUCACGAUGCUACGUCUUUAGCUACCAUGAGCGCUUUCAAGAAUGAUCCGGGUCUUGUGUGGUUGUUCUAUAAUUAUAGACGUCAUAUGUGCUUGCGCUCGGAACCGAAUCCAGCGCAUUAUGCUCUUGCAGCAUUGGCUGAAAAGAACAAGGACUUUUUGUGUCUGACACAAAAUGUCGACAAUCUUUCUCAACAAGCGGGCCAUCCACAGGAUCAACUCCGUACUCUACAUGGCUCCCUCUUCGACAUCAAGUGCACCAACUGCGAUUGGAUCCAACGAGGCAACUAUGAUGAUCCAUUCUGUCCCGCCCUCGCACCAGCUUCAGUCGAUGUAGAGCCAGGAAAACCAUUUCCUCUCCUUGACGCCUCUCAACCUCUGGACCCAAUCUCACCAGAUGACAUUCCGAAGUGUCCUCAGUGCAAGACAGGCUUUCAAAGACCUGGUGUUGUGUGGUUUGGUGAGAAUCUGGACGACGUUAUGAUGAUGGGUAUCACAAACUGGCUUCUCAAGGACAAGGUGGAUUUGAUGCUCGUCAUUGGAACUUCGGCCCAAGUCUACCCUGCUGCGGGCUACAUCGAUAAAGCCAGACGCAAAGGCGCACGUAUUGCGGUUAUCAACCCCGAGGCCGAGAAUGAGGAGGAAAUGUACAAGGUCAAGCCUGGUGAUUUUGCGUUUGGCAAGGAUGCUGCAGAGUAUCUUCCUAUACUCUUGGAGCCUGUUAUUGGCAAGCUUGAGACGGACAAGAAGUAA